UACACACAUUGGUCUUGUUCUCUCUCUCUCUCUCCCAGUUCUUGUCGAUUCGCCGUCGAUCGGAAUCUACCUUCAGGUUCACGCGGGGAUUUAAAAAACCCUAAUUUAAAGUUUGAAGCUUUCGGAUUGAAUCAUGCGAUGCAAGAGAUGCAAUGGAAGCAACCUUGAACGCGAAGAAGGCACAGGGAAUUCGUAUUGCGGUGGAUGUGGGACAUUACAUGAGUACGAUAAUUAUGAGGCUCAACUUGGUGGUAUUAACGGACCUCAAGGUACAUAUAUACGAGUAGGCACCAUUGGUGUAGGCUCUGUUCUUGCUUAUAAGGAUAAGAAGAUCUAUGAAGCCAACAAAUUGAUUGAGGUAAUCACAGAGAGAUUGAAUCUUGGGAACAAUGCUGAAACGGUUAAGAGUAUGAUUAGUAAAAUCACUGAUGGUGAAUUUGGACAAGGUGAGUGGUUUCCGAUUUUGAUUGGGGCGUGUUGUUACGCUGUGUUGAGGAAAGAAGGGAAAGGUGUUUUGCCUAUGGAGGAGAUUGCUAAUGAAGUUGGUUGUGAGUUGCAUCAGUUAGGGAGUGUGAUUAAGCGUGUUGUGGAUCAUUUGGAGUUGGAGUUGCGUGAGUUUGAUCUUGUGGGUUUGUUUAUGAACACGGUGAAUAACUCAUCGAGGUUGAGUGAUGUUGAUAGGGAGAAGAAGGAGAGGAUAACAAAGCAAGGAGCUUUUCUGAUGAAUUGUGCACUCAAGUGGUUUUUGUCUACUGGGAGGAAACCAAUGCCUUUAGUUGUGGCUGUUUUGAGCCUUGUUGUUCAGGUUAAUGGUGUUAAGGUAAAGAUUGAUGAUUUUGCUAAAGAUGCUCGGGUUUCGUUGUGUACCUGUAAAUUGCGGUAUAGAGAGUUAUUGGUGAGGCUUGUGAAGGUUGCUGAAGAAAUGUGUUUGCCUUGGGCGAAAGAUGUUACUGUGAAGAAUGUUGUGAAACAUUCAGGGACUUUGAUUGGUUUAUUGGAAGCCAAGUCCAUGAGAAAGAGAAAACUAGGGACAGGGGAUGAGUUAGUUAGAACUGAUGGGUUUUGUUUAGAAGAUAUAGUUAAGGACUGCCUAAGCAAAAAACCUAUGUACGGUGAUGAUGAUGCUGAUGAUGAUGGUCACCAACAUGCUAUGUCUCGGUAUUUUGAUGUAGGAGGUGAACAUCAGCUAAGUUUAUGUAAUAACAAUGAUGAUAUAUCAGUGAAACAGUUGCCUACUAUGUCUCGGUGUUCUAGUGCAGGAGAUGAAAGUCAGCUAAGUUUAUGUAACAGUGAUGAUAAUAUGUCGGUGAAAAAGUUGUCUACGAUGUAUAAGGAAUAUGUGGAUGGAGCUUGGGGUGGGAUUCUUGGGAAAAUAAGUCAGGGAAACAAUAAUAGUAUGUUGCAAAAGAAAUCGUUUUUUCAGAUGGUUUCGUGUGAAGAUUGGUGGAAAGGGAAAUCGAAACUGAGUCAAAGGCUUCUGCUCAAGGAAGUGUUGGAGAAAGAUGUUGGGCUUGAUGCUUUCCCUCCUUCUUACAUAAAAGGUUGUGUUGCAGUCGAAAGACGAAAAGAAAAGAUUGAGGCGGCUAAGUUACGGAUUCAUGCGAUACAGCAUCCUUCUGAUAUAGUUAGUGAAGGUGCAUUGUCUUUGGAGCUUGAACAUAGCAAGAAGAAAAGGAAGAGAGGAAAUGAAAUUGAUUGGGAGGAUUUGAUUAUCCAGACUCUAGUCUUACACAAUGUGAAUGAGGAAGAAAUCGAGAAGGGUCACUACAGAACUUUGCUAGAAUUGCACGUUUUCAACUCUUGAGAGAAAUUAUCAAAGCAAGCAUCACAAGACGUUUCCACAUUCCAUGUAAAUGUUUCUCUGAAGAUGAUUAAUAAACUACUUGUUUCUUAAUAAGCC